GCAAUAAAUUCAGUUCCACAUUUGCGGUUACCAAGGCUUAGUCAAAUCCAUUCAAGUGAGUUCGGGAUGAUUAAUCAAUGAUCAAUAAGAAAUGGCAUGCAUAAUUGGUAAAGGUCAGACCGGGGACGCCUUGAUUGUGUGCGGUCUAUGCUACUGUAACUUUUGGUGUAUUUAAAUAGCGAUGCCCGCCUUGCUGAAUGGUAAUGUUCUGGCAGAAGCACACAGACUAUUGUCCAUUGUUAUUGUUAUUAAUUGAAGCAAACUAAUUAAUUUCAUCUUUCGUUGAAUCGUCGCGCGAAAAUGACUGGUCUAGGGGCUUGCUGUUUCACCGGCUUCAAGCAUGAGGGCGAGAUCUCGGGCGAAGUCAAGAAGAUUGGCAAUUUCUCCACGUACUUCUCUUACCCCAAAAACAACCCCUCCCCCUCCAAAGCUAUCAUCAUCCUCAGCGACAUCUACGGCAUCAUGAUUAACAGCCAGUUGGUCGCCGACGACUUCGCGCGCAAUGGCUACCUGGCUGUCAUCCCGGAUAUCGUCGACAAUGAACCUUUACAAUUCGGCGAUUAUGAAGCUGGCAAAGUCGAUAUACCUACUUGGCUAGCCAGACACGGUCCCGAGACGGUGUAUCCGAAUGUCGAGGCGACGAUAAAACACUUGAGGGAGGAGCUUGGCGUGAAGUCAAUUGGCACGGUUGGGUAUUGCUUCGGCGCCAGAUUUGUCGUGCGCUUUUUGAAAAAGGGACAGGUUGACGCCGGGUACACGGCUCAUCCGACCAACAUCCAAAGCGACGAACUCGCCAGCAUCGAGGGACCGUUGUCUAUUGCUGCAGCUGAAAUCGACCAAAUUUGGACCCGGGAGGCCCGCUAUGCAUCCGAGGAUCUCCUCAUCAAAACUCGCCAGCCGUAUCAGAUCAACGUGUAUGGAGGCGUUCACCAUGGGUUUGCGGCGCGGGCAGAUCUGAGUAACGCGCAUUUGAAGAGAUCGAAGGAAUUGGCGUUUUUGCAGGCGUUGAACUGGUUCCAGUACUAUCUAUGAUAGUUAGCCGUGCCUAAUCAAAUGUUAAAUAAUAAAUAAAUAAUUCUGAGUCCAGG